UCCCCAAGUAUACAGUUCGGAGGUUUUUAACCGCCUUAGAGACAAAUUCAGUAGAUAAAAGUGGAGCUUGAGUUUUUUCAUCAAUAGUGUUGCAAGCAUUGCUCAAACUGACAAUUGAGGGCAUUUAUUGUUCCUUAUGGGCAGUGUCUGAAGAUACCAUAGGCUAGUGCGUGUAGUGUGAGACACAACUUUUCUGUGCAGGAGGGGAAUUUCUAAAAACAAACAAUAACAAAACACAAACAAACAAAUACCUUAGAAAAUAAUAUUCAAAUUGUAAGAUCAAUUGGAGGAAAUAAAAAAGGAAAGGAAGAUGAAUGGUGGAAGUCAGUUUGUGGAAACUCUGAAAAAAUUAAACUAUCCCAAAGCAUCUAAGCUCAAUGGGGAUGACUUUGACUGGCUCUUUGAGACUGUGGAGGACAUGUCAUUCUUGCAUUGGUUCUGCAGCACUGUGAAUAAGCAGAACCUACUGAGUGAAGAGGAGAUAAAAGCAUUCAAAGCUCUCAAAGACUCUGGAAAACCCAUAUUAGACGAGGACGCCCUGGGUGAGGUUCUGAAAACAUGUCAAAGCACAGAGUCGAAGCAGUCAGCCCUCCUGGAAGAACUGGAGUUGGAGAAGCUGGAGGAAGAGCUUCAAGCGCUGAAGAAAACCAAAAACCUGAAGAUCCAGAGGCGCAACAAGCUUCAGAUGAUGGGCACUGCAAGCAGGAACGCUUCUCUGAGGCUUACUGGCGAAGAGCAGGAGGCCGCCAAGGGUCUCAAGGCAGCAAUGGAGAUGCUGGGUGCAGAGAAUGCCAAAAUAAACAGUGAACUCCAGUCUCUCGUGGAAGAAGUGAAGCAACUGACAGUGUUCUUCACCACCAAAUCCAAGAGAGCCUCACUGAGCCGGCCACCCGUCUUCCUGUCCCAGCUGGCCCUGGACCAUUACCUGCAACUUGAAGAGCAGAACACCAAGACACUGGCUGCUUACACCAAGAAACAGUUCUUCGAAGGGAUAUCAGACCUAGUGGAGAGCUCAAAUGAGGAGAAUUUUCAGCUUCUGGACAUAAGUGGGAAUUUGAUCUCCAGGGAGAGCAGCCAGGCUCACGAGGGGCAGCGAGAAGAGAUGGCCAGGCUGCAGUUUGCUUACAUCGCAUCCCAGUACCAGCUGAUUCAGAGGAAGUCCAAAGAGCAAAGUGUCAGGGCUGGUCUUCAGUGGAUGAAAGAGAAUCAGCACUCCCUCCUUAGGUCAAAGUUAUCUGGCGAUGAAGAUGAUCUGCAGGCGCGGGGGAUGCGGUUGAAGAAGGAGCUGGAGAUCGUGGAGCAGCAGGUAGAAGUUCUGAGCAGAGAGAGGCUGCCAGCCGUGGUGCGGGAGAACGCCCAGCUCCUGAACAUGCCAGUGGUGAAGGGAGACUUCGACCUGCAGAUUGCCCGGCAGGAAUACUACACCUCCAGGCAGGACGAGGUGUGCAGCCAGCUCCUUCAGCAGAAAGCCUCCUUUGAGCUGCUGCUGCUGGCCUAUGAGAUGGAGCUGAGGAAGUACAGGCAGUUCUACCGGCAACUUGGGGACAUCACCAAGGGGCUGGAGGACAGCAGGAGGGGGCUGGCUCAGCGGCUGGAGGCCUUCUCUGACCCUAGCCUCUCUCGCACUGUGAAGCAGCGCAGCAUUAUAGACUCGAAGGACUCCGCUUUCCAUAGACUUUAUCUGAUGCUUGAAGGCGAGACUGGGAAGGAGCAGCUGUUCAGAACAUAUGAAGGCUUGGAGCAGGCAGCUCAGAAAUUACGUCAGGAUGUCGCUUCAGUGAAGGAUCGCUUAGCAGCUUCCAGCCAAGAGCAGUCUUUCCUAACUGCCAAAAUGGAGUCUGAAUCGGACGUUCUCCGCAAUACUAAUUACUGUGGGCUUAAGCAGCUCAUGCUUACACCACAGGUAUGUUUAACAAAACAGGAGCACUUCUUAAACUCACAGGAGUUGGGUGAAACAAUUCUUCAGCUGGAAUCCCAGUUGAACACAUUGAACCAGCUCAUGGUGGAAAUUCUUAAUGAUGUCAAGGGAAAGAAGAAGAUCUUAGAAAGAAACAAGCUGCAGCAGAUGGAGAGGGAGCUUUACCUUUAUUUCUUUCAAGACGAAGAUUGCCUAAAGAGCAUUGUGGAAGAGUUGGAGAAGAAAGUCAAUGCUCUGUCUAUUGGCCAAGGAGACUGAAAUGUUGGCAUUUAUUUUGUCUUGUGAAAGGAUACAUAUUUUUUGCCUGUUUUUCAGGGCAUAUAAUUCUAGCAUUCCUGUACCUGGGAUAUCCCUAAGCAUGCCAGAUUGAACAAUGGAAACCACUGUACAGCAAACCUCAGUCAGGCAUGCUGGCUUUUCAGAAUGCUGCCUCAUUCCCAAGGAAAGGUGACUUAUUGAGUGACUUUUGACACAAGGAUCAGUGCAUGGCUUUCUUUAGCAGAUACCGUGGGAUCUUAAGCAUCUGAAAAAGACUCUGUGAUCCUUAGUGUGGAUGUUGUCACCAGUGGACGAGCCAUAGACACCAAGGCCAGUUGUGGAAAACAGGAGGAGCUAAACAUUACAAAUCUGAACUUUCAAGAUUUAAAUACAUUUUAACAUUCAAAUUUUAAACCAACAACAUAAAACCUUACUAUUUGCAUUAGUAUAACUUGCAUUCCAUAAAUUUGGUAGCAAUUUUAUAUUUUGCUUGACACAUCAAUAACAUAUUUGUUUAUAGUAGUAUGGAUGGAAUUGACUGAUUUGUGUUCAGAUUUAUUUUGGUUUUGUUUUUUAAAUCUCUGAAUGUUUCAGUAAAUAAAUAAAGAUUUAACCUGAUACCUGUUCUUACACAGGUACAUUUCUUUCUUAGUAAAAACAUAAACUGCAAAAAAAAAAAAAAUAAUUGUACAGUUAAUUUUUAAAGAAUCAACAAAGAUUUUAAUACAAGCAUUUAAUAAAACUUUUUUUUUUUUUUUUUUAUAAAGUGCAUGGUAUAUUGUGGUUUAUGACCUGGUACUACAGAUGCUAGAACGCUUAUCUCCUUCUCUUCCCAGGAAUGACAUUAGUUUAGAGAGUAAAAUAAGCAGCAGCACAAUCCACCUAUUUUGGUUUUGGACAUUUUGAAUGUCUUGGAUGAAACUGCAGUGUGUCGCAGAGUAUAUAAACUGUUGAAUAAAUGCAUUGUCAUUGCUGCUAAAGUUAAUGUACAGUUUCACACCAAGGCUACUCUACAUUAAUUGCUAACACACAUAAUGUUUUAAUGUUUGUUGUGCAGGCUGUCAGAUUUAAUUGAAAGAAUAUGGAAUGUAGAAGCUGGGUAGGAUCUGACCUUUAUCGAGGACCCCUGUUGGGCACUGCUCAGAAGAUAAUGUCAGCCAUUCAUUUUCAGUGUUCAGACAGGACUGCAAGCACCAGGGAGGAUAGGCAAAGUGAGUCACGUUGUAGUGUGUCAGGUCAGAUGUAAGGAUAUGUCUCUUUGAAAUAUGAAGACUCAAUAACAAAAUUUAAAAUCACGCUGUUAGAACUCUUUACAGAAACCUGAUAAAAGCCACUUAAUCAUUGGACCAAUUAGUAGCUCAUCCUUUUGAUCUAUUCUUUAUUUGUAUAAUUUUCAUAAAACUAAUUAGCUUCUGUGCAAUAUCCUUGCAACACAAGUUCUUAUUAACCACAUACCAUGCUAGUAAUAUAAUUGUAGAAUUUUAGAAUGAAAAAAACUAAACCGGUACAUUUUAUGGAGCUGAUCGAUGUAACCCUCACAAUUAUUGUUUAAUGCUGUACGUGAUAGUCAUUUGUGAGACACUGCAACUCAAUUCUUAAUCUGUAACCAAGAACAAAAAUAUAUACACACACACACACACACACACACACACACACACACACAUAUAUACAGGAAGUUAUGGAUACUAUGUACCAAACAUUUUUGUAAUGCCAUAGUGAACACUGAUAGAACCCCAAAUGGCCUGGCAGGGAAGCUAAGGUGUGAGGAUUUGCCAUUCCUCCUAUACUAAAAAGCAUGUCAUAUGCAGACAGGCUAAAGGAAUUGGAUCUAU